AUGGACGCCACCCGCACCCACAGGAGAUGCGGCUAUUGCGAUCACCAUUGGACGCAUUACUCAAAAAGAAUGUUUUCUUCAGAUAGACAGAAGAUUGCGAAAAGGCAUUCAUACGUGAAAGAAGAUCUCGCUUCGGGUCUGCUCCUGACACAUUUUGAUCCUAUUCUGAAAAUUGUGCUGGCUACCGAUGCACCAGACUAUGGAGUUGGAGCAGUAAUUCUGCAUAAAAAGUCGGAUGGGAAUUAA